AUGGCCAAAACAGUCAUUGCAUUCGAUCUUUAUGGCACCUUGUUGUCGACUGAGUCAAUUGCAAAUGAGCUGGCAAGGAUCUACGGCGAAGACAAGGCUAGGAUGAUCGCCACACAGGCAAGGCGAUACCAGCUGGAGUAUACCUGGCGCAUCAAUAGCAUGGGCUUAUACCGUUCCUUUUCCGAUUUAACCAGACACUCUUUCCGCCAGGCAACGGCAGAAGCUGGUCUAGAGCUGUCCAAGGACCAUGAAGAACGCAUCAUGGAUGCCUACAAUGGCCUCGACACAUUCCCGGAUGCUGACAAGGGUCUCACACUUAUGUCGCAAACCCCAUCUCUAAAGCCAUAUAUUUUCUCCAACGGUACCAUGGCGAUGAUCACUUCUUCCCUCAAGACUUCGCCCUCACUUGCUCAAACGGGCACAACAUUCUCAGAGGCCAACAUCGUUAGUGUUGACGCCGUUAGCGUAUUCAAGCCAGAUCCGCGGACAUAUAGGCACAUGGCCGAGGUAGCUGGCUUGCAGUCUCAGAUGGAAAAAGUCUGGCUUGUGAGCUCAAACCCGUUUGAUGCUGCCGGUGCUGUAGCCGCGGGACUGAGGAGUGCUUGGGUGUGCCGUCAGGGAACUGGUUGGAUUGAUGGUCUCGGCGGCGCGCUUGGUGUAAGUCCUACGGUGGUAGUUGAGGGCGUAGAGGAGGCUGUCAAGGAAAUUAUCAGAUUGGAAGGGUUGAAUCAAGUGUGA